AUGGCAGUACCACGAGAGUCUAUGUUUCUCCCGACCAUCAAGUGCUCAUCAUGUAGUCGGGAGGUGGAAAUUUCUAUGAUGGGCGAUCACAUUUGUGCACCACCAGAACCUGAACUUUCUCCUCCACCAGAACAAUAUGAGGCGUACAAACCAUACAGUCCAGCGUCUCCUGAGAAACCAGGACGCAUACCGUCAUCACUAGAUGUCGGCGCUGCUAACCGCCCUUUUUUGCACCAGGGGCAGUUGACACCAAACAGCGAGCCGCGCAGCAUAUCACCAGCUAAUCAAAUGGAUUGCCUUUUUGACGAUGUCAUUACACCUCAUGAGGAUGAUCUCAUCCUCCCAUCACCGCGUCCAAUUGACCGUCCUGGAGCUUACGGAGGCUUUGGGGAGAAGAAGCAUGGCCCGGAUUUCCAGCCUCGAUCCGUCAGUCCGAGUGGUGGAGUCAACAACACCUUAUUCAAGAGACUUGAUACAAUCGCCCCAGGCCCCUUCGACGCUAUUCGCAGCCCUUCAGCAACUUCGCCAUCCUUUCCCAAGGAAAUCACAGAUAGCCGAGACAAGUCAGAGGACUUUCUGAGUGCAUCGCCAAGGGAUUAUUUUAACGCGCAUAGAAACGAGAGGUCCCCAUCCCCGACAGGCAGAAGCAGUAACAACAGCAGCAUCUCCGCACCGCCUCAGAGACCAACACGAGAUGACUACGAAGGUUUUGGUCGACCUUUUGAAACGGACGAGGAACUCCAGCCUCCCCCUCUGGGAACGGUUCACCGUUCAGACACCUUUCCUAACCUGCCUCUCCGAUCAGAACCUCCGUUGCGAACUCCUUCUGCACCUGGCACAAAACUUGAGGGCAAGGCGGCAGGUGGUUUUGGUCAUGCCAAAAAGCCGUCAAUGGGACCAGACACCUCAAGGGCCCCGCCGCCACGAAAGAGUCUUUUGCAUCCGUCAAAAGUCACUAAAUAUUCAGCAUCUGUUGAUCUUGCUGCUGAGUUUGGCGUCAACAACCCUUACCACACACCUUCAGACUCUACGUCCUCUGGUUUUUCUACCUUUAGCCGUCAGAGUAAUGGCAGUUCGCAGACCAGCCAGACAAGAUCUCAACCUCGACGCGAUCCUUCCGACCUAUCGGCUAUGGAUGGUCUGAUGGAAGAUCUCGAGAGCUCCAUGGAGGCUUUAGGAUCUAAGGAUGUUCAUGCCGAAGCCCCUCCACAGGCCCCGUCGCGCGCAAGAUCACCACUUGCAGAGUCGCCUAUCCAACGCCCACUUAAUAUCGAUCGAUCCAGCUCUGCCGCCCGAGACGAGCCUCGGGCCUCGAUGCCUAUCCAGCGAAGCGAUUCACACCCACAAUCACUUUACGCGGCAUCACCCCAAGAGCACCAUCAUUUUGAUCAAGCUCCGCAAAUAACACGUUCGCACACCCUCCCUCCGCCAUUAGCACCUCCUUCUCGAAAGGCAUCACAAGAUCCCGUGCGAUCUCGAGGUAACUGCAAAGCCUGUGGCCUAGCCAUCACAGGAAAGAGUAUAUCAUCUGCAGAUGGAAGAUUAACGGGCAAAUACCACAAAGCUUGCUUCGUCUGCACGACAUGCUCGGAGCCCUUUGCAUCUGCCGAGUUUUAUGUCCUAGAGGAUAAGCCUUACUGUAACCACCACUAUCACAAACUCAACGGCAGUAUCUGUGGUAGCUGUGAGAAGGGUAUCGAAGGGCAAUACCUCGAAGACGAAUUCUCGAUCAAAUACCAUGUUGGAUGCUUCCGUUGUCUCGACUGCGGCCGAUCUCUUUCCGAUGGCUACUUUGAGGUGGACGGCAAGUCAUACUGCGAGCGAGACGCCUGGCGCCGGGUGCAGCAGUCUUACCCGCCCAUGAAGCCCCCUCCAGGUCGACCCCCUCCCGGCUCACGACCUCCCAUGAUGGGACUGCCCGGACAUCCGUCACAGCGAAUGGGCCCUGGCAUGGGACUCCCACGACCUCCAUACGGCAUGCCGCCGCCUGGAAAUCGUCUGGCACCAGGCCCUCAAGGACCUCCUGGUCCUCGACCACGAAUGAACAAGCGUAACACUCGACUUGGUAUGAUGUAA